AAAACCACCAAGACCACACCCGCAAACAAGCUGCAAUCUCUAGAAGCUGAUCUCGAGUUUGCUUAUAUGUAUGAAGGAUUGAUAGCAUCCAAAACUGUAUAUCGUCGAUUCGAGCUGGCCAGCAGGUAGCGUUAGCAUUUCACGAUGCGUGAAGUCGUGACCCUGCAAUUUGGGCAGCAGAGCAAUUACGUCGCAACCCACUUCUGGAACACGCAGGAAUCAUACUUCACAUAUGGUGCAGACGAGGAAUCUCCAGUCGAUCAUGACGUUCAUUUUCGGCCAGGCCUUGGUGCCGAUGGCAACGAGACCUUCAUGCCACGAACAGUCAUCUAUGACCUCAAGGGUGGUUUUGGCUCCAUGAGGAAGAUCAAUGCACUGUACGACAUGCAGGAUGAUCCAGUGGACAGCAGUCUAUGGUCAGGACAGCCAGUUGUUCACAGACAGCAGCCUAUAACUCCCAGUGCAUACCAGCAGAGUCUCGACGCAGGUCUCGCUGCCCCGGAGCUUUCAACAUCGACCGUCAAGUACUGGUCCGACUUCAGUCGCGUCUACUACCACCCAAAGUCCAUUGUGCAGUUGAAUGAGUUUGAACUCAACUCCACCAUCAUGCCGUUUGAGAAGUGGCAUACUGGAGAAGAUCUCUUCGCCAAUCUCGACAAGGAACAUGAUAUUUUGGAUCGGGACCUGCGCCCAUUCGCCGAGGAAUCAGACCAGAUGCAGGGCCUUCAGAUCAUUACUGGCCUAGACGAUGCCUGGGCAGGCUUUUCGACCAGGUAUAUCGAGCGACUGCGGGAUGAAUAUGGCAAAAUCCCAGUUUGGGUAUGGGGCGUGCAGGAACCUGUCAACGGGCUCUCAAGAGAGAAACGCAUUCUGAAGAUGACCAACAAGGCAAGGGCUUUUGCAGAGCUCAGCUCACAAGCGUCUUUGAUUGUACCUCUGGCGGUACCACAAGUCGGGCUGCCCCCCUCUAUUCGUCUCGACCCAUCUUCUCCCUGGCAUGUCGGGGCACUCUUCGCGGCGGCACUGGAGAGUACCACCUUGUAUUCACGACUCAGAGCCUUGGGCAGUGUGAACUCGACGAGUUUUGGCACCAUCACUGAUCUACUCAAUGUAUAUGGCAAACAAACGAUAGCAAGCCUCAGUAUGGCCGUGGUUGAUCCUCAAACUCAGGCGGAGAACCGCGGGAAGAAGACCGAGAGUGCUCUCAACGGUCGCGGAGAUGAUGAUCAUGAAGUGAUCGCCGGUCCAGACUUGGAUGACAUGUCGGCGGAGGGCUCUCGGGAGGACUCGACGAUCUUGGACGUUGACCUUUCCUCGCCAGAAGAGCUUGAUCUCCAAUCAGGGAGACGGCAUGGACGGAGGCGGGCUCAUCUUUUCAGUCAGAUAUUGACUUGCCGCGCUCCGCCAGACGAGUCGGACAAUCAUCAGGUGCGCGGCAGCCAACGGCAAGGCGAAUAUGUGCGACGCCAUAGACAAAAGGUCCAUCAGCUGAGGUCGACUACCCUGUUCCCAAUAUUGGACAGCUUUCCAUCCAUCCUACGCAGCCAUGAUGGCAGUGCCAUCAAGGACGGCGCAGCCUUGAAGACGUCCCUGACCACUGACUCGAGCGUGAUGAACAAAGUCAGAGGUCUUCGUAGCGCGGUGAUUCGCUAUAUUGGCGUCGACGAGCGUGAGGUGAUAGGGAACGAGCUGGCCGAGAUUGCGGAAGGAUAUAAGGAAGGCUGGUCAAGCGGGAGCGACGACGAUGAUGACGACUUGUGAACCACAUGAGGCACGGAUAGGACCAUUCUCCAUACUUGUCCCGAGGAAUAGUCAUCAUUAUUUGUACUGACGGCGAUGGCGGAACGACUGCUCCCGUGUAAGGACGGUGAUACGCAGGUGGCGAAUGUCCAGAACACAUCAUCUACAUAGCGCAAAGCAAGCAGGCUCCGUGGCAUCCGCGGGCUAUGGUCC